CCUAACGCCGCCACGCGCGGCCAUCCAUGGCCUCCUGCGACGACGACUUCGUUCUCCUCGGUGACGACGCACACCAGCCGGCAACUCCCCCACCCCCGGCCCCCACCGCCCAGCAACCCGCGCCGCCGCCGCCGCCGCCGCCACAGGCCUCCCAUCCCUUCAGCUUCACUGACGCGGUUGCGGGGGCUGCCGCCGGCGCCGGCUCCUUCGCGCAGGCCCAGGAGGAGAGCAACCACCACGCCGAGCGCGGCAAGCCGGCGCACCACGCCAAGCGGGGCAGGGAGCGCGCCGAGGAGUUCAGCAGCGAUGGGGGCGAGUACUGUUCCUACAUCAACAGCAGCGGCAGCGGCGGUGGUGGGAAGAAGGGCCGUGGCGGUGGAGGGAGCUCGAGCGUGUCAGACUACCGUAAGGAUCGGGAGGAGUGGACGGACGGCGCGAUCAGCAGCCUCCUCGACGCCUACACGGACCGAUUUGAGCAGCUCAACCGGGGAAACCUGCGGGGUCGGGACUGGGAGGACGUGGCCGGCGCCGUGACCGACGGGCAGGGCAAGACUACCGGGGCCAAGAGCGUGGAGCAAUGUAAGAAUAAGAUCGACAAUCUUAAGAAACGUUACAAGGUGGAGUGCCAGCGGCUCUCCAGUUCGGGCGGGGGUGCCAUCAGCCACUGGCCCUGGUUCAAAAAGAUGGAGCAGAUCGUGGGAAACUCCGCAUCUCCUGCCUCCUCCAAGCUUCUAACUGCUGCCGAGGAUGAGAAACCGAGGCAGCAGCAGCAGCACAGCAGCAAAAGGUAUCCUCUUUCCUGUACUGGCCCUCCUACUGGGGUUGGUAGCUCCAGAACGAACCCUCUUUCAAAUCCAAGAUGGAAGAGGGUGCUUCUGAAGAUUGGGGGCACUGCCCUAUGUGGAGCAGCUCAUCAAAAUGUUGAUCCCAAGGUGAUUAUGCUGAUCGCUAGAGAAGUUCAAGUGGCAUGCCAUCAUGGUGUGGAGGUGGCAAUCGUGGUAGGAGGGCGGAAUAUAUUCUGCGGUGACAAUUGGGUAGCUGCAACAGGCACUGAUCGAGCCUCAACGUACCCAAUUGGAAUGAUGGCAUCAGUGAUGAAUUCAGUACUUCUUCAAGCAUCGCUAGAAAAGAUAGGUGUGGAGACACGAGUCCAAACCGCAUUGAUGAUGCAAGAAGUUGCAGAACCUUACAUUAGGCGUCGAGCCAUACGCCAUCUUGAAAAAGGGAGAGUGGUCAUCUUUGGUGGGAUUGGUGUGGGCAUUGGGAAUCCAUUGUUCACAACAGAUACAGCUGCUGCCUUAAGAGCUUCAGAGAUCAACGCAGAUGUUGUCCUUAAAGGUAUUGUUGGUGAUGAUGAGUAUGGCUGUCCUCCUAGGAGCAACAGUAAUGCUUCAUUUGAGCACAUCUCCUUUAGGGAGUUAGCAGCAAGAGGAAUCACCAAAAUGGACAUGACAGCAGUAACAUGUUGUGAGGAGAACAACAUUCCUGUCGUCAUCUUUAACAUGUUGGAGCCUGGUAACAUCUCAAGAGCAAUUUGUGGAGAUCAAAUAGGCACCUUAGUUGACCAGUCAGGAAGGAUCACAUAAAACUAGGAGGAUGAAUGGUAGCAGAGCUCCAGGACAUGCCGAUACUCUGGGUGGGACAUCACUCUGGGGGGACAUCCUGAAUUCUUUGCUCGUGGAUCUUUUCCGUAUAGAAGGAAAACAUGUUCAUCAGAUGGAAGCGUUCACCUUGAUUUGCCUGGGAUGCCUAUUGUGUAUUAUGCGUUGUGGUCGCAAUUGCCCACAUUGAGAAAAGUAUUACCUUGUAAUGUCUAUUUGUAAUUUGUCUGUAGAUUAGUGGAAGGGCUCAUGUAAAGUGUUUCACGGUGCCCAGAUCAGAAUGUAGUGUUGUAAGUUGUAAUGCUAUUAUUUGAGUCGUAGUGUUUGAGGUGUCACGUUUUGCACGAUUAAUUUGCCUGUGGCUUUCCAGCAA